AAUACAUAAUAAUGUCACAACAUAAUAAUGUUGUGAUUACUCCUCAGGUGGCUGGGCGGAAAGGUUUCCCUCAUGUCAUAUACGCUCGUCUGUGGCGAUGGCCGGACCUUCACAAGAAUGAACUCAAGCAUGUCAAGUUCUGUCAGUAUGCAUUCGAUCUGAAGUACGAUAACGUGUGUGUGAACCCCUACCAUUAUGAGCGCGUGGUGUCCCCUGGGAUUGUUGGAUUCAGUUUGCCAAACACAGGCAGGCUGAUAAAAGAAGAGCACAUACAUGACUGCAUACAGAUGGAGGGUCCGUCGAGUAUGGCCUUACAGCUAGACCAUCCUCCUCCAGAUCACUACAGCCCACAGCCGCUGAGACUGAUGUCCCCAGAGCUGCCCCAGCGAACCACUUCCUCUGUCACUCUCUACCCCAGCCUGCCCCUCUCUCCACCCUCAAGUGCAUCCAGGUUGUCAAUGCAGGUGGAACGUCCUGAGGGACUGUUGCAGAUCGCAUCCCCAGCGGGACGGGCCUUGACCUCCAGCUCUCCACCUUCCACCCCAACACACAGUCACGCACCCACACACAGCCAGCCUUCUUCCCAGCAGCCCUCCGUCAGCCAGAGUGAAUACAGCACCUCAAAGCACACACAGACACAGGGAACUUACCACACAACAACCUGGACAGGGACCAGCACAGCCUCCUAUACUCCUGCUGGACCACAGCAGAAUGGGCGGAGUCAUCAGCAAGCCCCUCCCCCUCACACUAGCCACUUCUGGUCUCAGCAUCACACACCAGCCUCAUACCCUCAACCAGUUUCUAACCAUCCAGGCCCAGAGUUCUGGUGCUCAAUCUCUUACUUCGAGAUGGAUGUGCAGGUCGGGGAGAUGUUUAAAGUUCUAGCCAACUGUCCUGUGGUGACAGUGGAUGGAUAUGUGGACCCUUCAGGCGGGGACCGCUUUUGUUUGGGUCAGCUUAGCAAUGUUCAUCGAACUGAUGCCAGCGAGAGGGCACGGCUUCACAUUGGUAAAGGUGUUCAACUGGAGUGCCGUGGGGAGGGGGACGUGUGGAUGCGUUGCCUUAGUGACCAUGCUGUAUUCGUGCAAAGUUACUACCUGGACAGAGAGGCAGGGAGAGCGCCAGGGGAUGCCGUUCACAAGAUCUACCCAGGAGCCCUCAUUAAGGUGUUUGAUCUUCGUCAGUGUCACAGGCAGAUGCAGCAGCAAGCGGUGACUGCGCAGGCAGCUGCGGCUGCACAGGCUGCAGCAGUGGCUGGGAACAUCCCGGGGCCUGGCAGUGUUGGAGGAAUCGCUCCAGCCAUCAGUCUGUCGGCGGCAGCCGGAAUAGGUGUUGAUGACCUGAGACGUUUGUGUAUCCUUAGGCUGAGUUUUGUAAAAGGCUGGGGACCCGACUACCCUCGACAGACCAUCAAACAGACACCGUGCUGGGUGGAAGUUCAUCUACACCGUGCCCUGCAACUGUUGGACGAGGUCCUGCACACCAUGCCCCUCGCUGACCCCGGACCUGCCAACUGACCCACAUACUGGAAAAUAGACAAGCCCUGUCACAAAAACAGGGAGGACGACAGACAGAGAGAAAGAGAGACACACACCUGCACAGGCAAACAGUGACUCAUAGUACCACAUACACACAUAAGCCUUCACACACACUGUCUUUCCACAGCCUUGGCCAGCAAAGUGCCUCUGAACUGACCAGUGUUUAGUCCACUCUUGGGUGCUGUUGACCUGGUUGUCAUGGUAACACAGACCAAAGGCCCUGUUGAUGAGUUCACACUAAUGGAGGUCCAGAAGAGGUGAAAGUAAGUUGGUUAAGAGGGAGAGAAAGAUUCAUAUGAUAACACGAUUAAUAUGCUUAAUCCUCAGAGACCCAGGAAUGGAUAUUAAUUAUAUUUUUAACCCUUUAACAUGUCUGUAGAAAGCCAGUAGUUAUAAAGACUAUUUUGUUAAGGCAAAAUUUACAUAAAGGUAUAAUUUAAAACAAAAUGUUGCAAAAAAGGCACACUGGGCAUUUAGAGUUGUAAAAUUUCACUAUUUUUCAAAUCACUAAAUGAAAGUUUUGAAUUGACAACACAAUUUAGCACACAAAUGUUUUUGAAAAACAAUAUAUAUCAACCAGUCAACCAGUAAGGUUAAGAAGUAAUAAAUAUUCAUAUUAAAGUGUAUGCAAAGUGC